AUGGCGCGCUCCAGAGCAUGGGACGGCUCCGAAGUUCACGACGACCACAUCGACUUCCUCCGCCAGACGCAGCGGCUGCCCGGCAAAGAUUACGUGAAGUGCGAGCUCACGGAGGAGUGGCGGUUCGGCAAGGAGACGUAUUCACGCGCCGACCCCACGCCUAUGAGCCCCCUCCUCCAGCCGGCAGCCGGCGCCGCGGGGCCGGAGCGCCAAUUCCUCCCCGACCGAGUGGAGAGAGACGUCGAUGACCCUGACUUGGGGGCGGCGGCCUUGGAGGACGACGCCGAGGGAGGAGGCGGCAAAGCAGGCGGCUCGAGGCUCAGAGCCAGCCUCGAGGACUGGCCCGACGAUGAUGCGGGGGAAGUCGCCCCACGCCACCAGCCAGGGUUCGGCCAGCCAGGUGCGAGCUCGUCUGCCGCGCCGGAUGCCCAAGGCAGCGCGAAGAAACGCAGGGCCGCGCCGAGCUUGUUCGGCAGCCAGCCGAAGAAGCCCAAGGGCUCGUCCGCGGCGACUAAGCGGGAUGAUGCGGCCGUGAAGGCCAUCCGCUUCCGCAAGGCGGUGAAGGAGCCGCAGCUGUCGGCCGCCGCCUCCAUCGUGGGGUCAGCGGAGACCUCCACCACCACUCGGCGGAUCGAUCCAGCCGCCGACCUCCGGGAGUCGACGGAGCGGAACGCGGGGGAAGUGCGCAAGGAGCACGGAGCCGCCCGCCUGGAGAAGGCGGAAAUGAAGAAGGUGGAGGCUGCCGCCCUGAAGAAACUGGCGGAGGCCGAGGCAGCUGACGCGGCGAAGAAGCAGGCUGAGGAGGCCGCCCGCCGCCAGUCGGCAGUGUUCGUCACUCCCCUGAACUCCGCGCCGCCACCGCCGGAGUUCAUGGCGCAGACUGGGGAAGCCGGCGACGAGCACCCGAUCAUGGAGAGGGACGGCGAAGCCAACGCCGCCUUGCAGCAGCAGCUAGGCAAAGCCAACACCGCGCUGCACGCUAAGGAGGAGGAGUGCGGCAAGCUGGCUGAAGAGCGUGACCGGCUUGUCGCGCAAGUGGCGGAACAGGCAGAGCUUCUCAAGAAGGCCCAGAAGGAGGCGGAGGACAAGGAGGCCGGCCUCCUUGCCGAGUUCGCGACCGAACGCUCCGCCUGGACAGAAAAGGAGACUUCUUCCCUGGUCACUCGGACGCCGCCAAUCAGGCCACUGAAGCUGAUCGCGAAGGACGGAGGGCGGAAGGCGCACAGAUCGCUGCCGACGCCCCCCGGACCCUUAGCGAGCAGCUCCUGA